AUGUCCAAUGUGCUGGAAGAAGCUGAUAUUGGUGACUUUGAUUUUGAUGAUCUCCUGGAGGAUAAUGUGCAUGAUCAGCAACAUGAGGAGAAUGAACAGGAGGAUAAUGCGCGUGAUCAGGAACAAGAGGAUCAAGAAGAUGAAGGUAGUGAACAGAAUGAUAGUGAUAUUGAUUUUAUUGUUGAUGAGGAUAAUGCCAUGGUAGAUCCUGAGGUUGAUAUGACAGAUUAUAGGUUGAACAUUGAUUUAGAAGUAGAAGACAAUAUGGUAGGCAAUAAUCAUCAGGAUGUAGACUUGGGAGAUGAAGUGUUAGAUAAUGAUAAGUUUCAAAGUGGCUCAGAUUCUAAUGAUGUUCAGACUAACAUUAGGAGACACCACCUAAGAACCAUUAGAAUGGAACAUGAAAACUUGGUAAAUCUUUACUUAGGCCAGGUAUUUAGUACCAAACAAGAAAUCAAGAAGCUGAUUAAAAAGUAUGUUGUAGAAAAUACGAGGUGUAUUAAGAUUGUGAAGGAUGAUAAUACAAGGGUAAGGGCAGUUUGUCAUGGUAUGCUACCAGAUUUUGAGGUUGAUGAUAGUGGUGUCCAUAUUGAUACUCAAAGAAGCAGAAGAGGGAAAGAAAAGGUGGCAGAUGUGCAAAGUAAAGGAAAAGGGAAAGAAAAGGUGGCAGGUGUGCAAGGUAAAGGUAAAGGGAAAGGCAAAGGCAACAUCAAGGGUUCUAAAGUAAACAAAAAAGACAAGGGGGGGGGGCGGAAGUGA